AAAGUCCUAAACAACGCUCACACUUGGCGAAGCAAACAGAUCGAGAUUCGAGAGAAAUGGCGAUGGCGACGCCAGCUGCCAAACAAUCACUUCUCACCGUCCAACCGUGCACAAUGAAUUGAAGCGCCACGCGGUUCCAAUAUUCUAUUGCCACGGGCAGGUGCGUCGCGUCGAUUCCUGGUCUUCGAGAGGAGCGGAGGAGGAGGGCGGCGAGUGCGGAGGAGAGGCGAGUUCAGCUGUAGCGUUUCGCUUCUUGCCCGUGGCGGCGGCGGUGCCACCUCGAACGCUGCUCCCUGUUCUGGGGCUUACUGCGGAUCCUGAUCUGAGCAUCAUUCAGAGAGGAAGAAAUAUGUUUAGGAGAAAGCAUGGCGCUGAUGUCAACUCAGAUGAUGCUGAGCAAAGAGAAGCAAAGAUUAGUGAACUGAAAGCUGCUCUUGGGACUUUGUCUGCCCGUGGCGAGAAGUACUGCAGUGAAGCAUGCUUGAGAAGAUAUCUGGAAGCCCGUAACUGGAAUGUUGCUAAGUCGAGAAAAAUGCUGGAAGAAAGUCUCAAGUGGAGGGCAGCUUACAAGCCAGAGGAUAUUCGUUGGCCUGAUGUUUCUGUCGAAGCGGAAACAGGUAAAAUGUACAGGGCAAGUUUCCGAGACAGGGAGGGCAGAACUGUUGUUGUCAUGAAACCUACAAAACAAAAUACUUCAUCCCAUGAAGGGCAGAUACGGUUCCUAGUAUAUACUUUGGAGAAUGCAAUCUUCAGCCUGCCUGAAGGCCAAGAAAAAAUGGUAUGGCUGAUUGAUUUCACAGGAUGGACAGUGUCCCAUGCUUCGCCAAUAAAGACUUGUAGAGAAACUGCAAAUAUACUGCAAAAUCAUUUUCCUGAAAGGCUGGCCAUUGGAUUUCUAUUUAACCCCCCCAAAGUAUUUGAAGCUUUUUAUAAGGUCAUCAAGAUUUUCCUCGAUCCAAAAUCGGUCGAGAAGGUGAACUUCGUGUACCAGAAGGAUGAGGAGAGCAUGAAGGUCAUGUACAAAUACAUCGAUCCGGAAGUCCUUCCUGUAGAGUUUGGGGGGAAGAGCAAUGUGGUGUACAACCACGAGGAGUACUCCGAGUUAAUGAUACAAGAUGACAUCAAAACAGCAAGCUUUUGGGCAGUUGAUGCGAAAACUAACCAUGCUAACCCUGCCAUCAAUGGGACCUUGGUUCCUGAGGUUGCGCCACAGUCGUCGUCGCUGGCUGCUAAAGCUAGUUGAAGAGUAUCUGCAUUCUCUGAGAAAAUUGAGAAGCCGAAGACUAAUGGAACCUUGAGAGAAACAUAUGAAAUAAGAAACAUGGUAUACUCGUUCAUCCUCAAGAGUUGUUUCAGUACUGGAAGUUUAUUCAGCACACAAUAAGCUACUAGAGAAUGUCACCAUGUGUGAUUUGAUGCCCAAAAGAGAUGGUUUACAAGGUACAGCCAAGUUUUUGUACUUGAAUUAAUUACUAUAUGUCAGUGAUUAUCACAUGGAUAAGUAACUAGCACAAGCUUAACCGUUUACUUUUCUCUUAUUCCUUUUACGAUAUACUUUGUCUUCUCGCUAAUCAAUCGAGUGUUUCUUUCGAUGAUUUAAA